CUGAUUGCUGGCAUCAUGUCUCAGGUCUAUACAUUCGUAAACAAGAUAACAUUCAAAGAAGGUCCCUCUGCUAAACUCUUUGAUGACCAGAUCCAUUUCGUUGCAAGCUGGACCUAUCAUGGCUCCAUGGAGCUGCUGUCUGGAUGGGGCAGACUCAUCCCUAACUAUAAGUGUGGUGUUGAGAACAGUCCAGCAGCCGUCAUCGGGGGACCCAAUUCUGACGUCUGUCUCCACAUGGCAACUGUCCUGAGUAUCUACAAGAUGCCGCAGUUCAUCUAUGGCUCUUCUCCUGUGAUGACUAACCACAUCCAAGAGGAGUUGUUUCACCGGAUGUUCCCUGAUGUGGCUCAUCAAUAUAACGGGAUUCUCCAGCUACUGCUGCAUUUCAGCUGGAUGUGGAUUGGGGUGGUGACUCUGAGUGAUGACAACGGAGAGAGAUUUGUACAAAACAUCCUUCCCAUGUUUGCCGGAAGAGGUAUCUGUUGUGAUUAUACAGAAACAUUUCCCAAACUAACAUUUUCGAGUGAGUCUAUGGAAAUGGUGGAAGAAGGUUCUAAAACAAUCAGUGUUGUUAUGGGUAGCACCGCCAAUGUUGUGGUUGUGAUUGGUGAAAUUCAGACCAUGAUGUUAAUGGGAAUAGUACCCAACUUGGCAGAGACAAUCAAUAUGCCAGUGAAAAUCAAGGCAAAAGUCUGGAUUAUGACUGCCCAGAUGGAUUUUACAUCGUUUUCCUUUCAAAGAAAUUGGGACAUCCAUUUUCUCCAUGGUGCCAUUUCGUUUGCAGUUCAUUCAGCUAAUCUUCUAGGAUUCCAAAAAUUUCUGCAGGUGAGAAACCCAGUCACAGAAAGGGAGGAUGGCUUCAUCAGAACUUUCUGGGAAGAGGCGUUUCUUUGUUCUUUACCCCUUCUUCCUUUCGAAAAGAAAGACAAUGAACUCUGCACUGGGACAGAGAAGCUUGAGACUCUUCCUGGGUCUGUCUUUGAAACGAGCAUGACUGCCCACAGCUACAGCAUCUACAAUGCAGUCUUUGCAAUGGCACAUGCUUUACAUAACAUGCAUUUCUCCAGAUUCCAACACAGUGCAGUGAUGGAUGAACUGAGAGGGGAGAGGCUGGAUCCACAGCCAUGGCAGCUCCACCACUUUCUGAGAGGCGUCUCAUUUAACAAUAGUGCCGGGGAAGAAGUUUUAUUCAGCCAGAAGGGGGAUUUGGUAACUGAACUGGAUAUCAUCAACUGGAUCGCAUUCCCAAAUGACUCCUUUUUCAGAGUUAAGGUUGGAAUGAUGAACCCCCAGGCUCCUCCAAACAAGAGACUCUCCAUUCAUGGUGAUACCAUCACGUGGCCCACCGGGUUCAACCAGGCACAACCCCUUUCUCUGUGCAAUGAGAAUUGCCAAAUGGGCUACAGUCGGACCAAGAAGGAAGGGAAGCUACCUUGCUGCUAUGAUUGCAUCCCGUGCCCAGAAGGGAAGAUUUCAGACCAGAAGGACAUGGACGACUGUUUUGAAUGCUCCGAAGAUCAGUAUCCAAACAGUGACAAGGAUGGAUGCCUUCCAAAAGAUGAAACUUUCUUGUCUUAUGGAGAACCGUUGGGGAUCAGUCUGGCCUCUUUUGCUGUCUGCUUUUCCUUCAUCACAGCUGCAGUGCUUGGAAUAUUCGUGAAACACAAGGAGACUCCCAUAGUCAAAGCCAACAACAGGAACCUCACCUAUGCUCUCCUCCUCUCUCUCCUCCUCUCCUUCCUUUGUGCUUUGCUCUUCAUUGGCCAACCGAACAAGCUGACCUGCAUCCUACGGCAAACUGCUUUUGGCAUGAUCUUCUCAGUUGCCAUUUCGUGCAUAUUGUCCAAAACCGCCAUUGUGGUUCUGGCUUUCAUGGCUACCAAGCCUGGGUCUAGCAUGAGGAAGUGGCUGGGGACACAAUUGGCCAGCUCCAUUGUCCUCUCCUGUUCCCUUAUUCAAGCCACAAUCUGUAGCAUAUGGCUGGCCACUUCUCCUCCUUUCCCAGACGUUGACAUGCACUCAGUGACUGAAGAUAUAAUACUAGAAUGUAAUGAAGGCUCCACUCUUAUGUUUUAUUGUGUCCUGGGAUUCAUGGGUUGGCUGGCCUUUGUGAGCUUCACGGUGGCUUUCCUAGCUAGAAAGUUGCCUGACAGUUUCAAUGAAGCCAAAUUUAUCACUUUCAGCAUGUUGGUGUUUUGUAGUGUGUGGCUGUCCUUUGUUCCAACCUACUUGAGCACCAAGGGGAAAUAUAUGGUGGCUGUAGAGGUCUUCUCCAUCUUGGCCUCCAGUUGUGGGUUACUGGGUUGCAUCUUUACCCCCAAAUGCUAUGUUAUUUUACUGAGGCCUGAGCUGAACAGCAGGGAGCAGCUAAUAAGAAUAAGGAAUUAA